AUGCAUUUCAUUUUUAAUUAUUGUUAAACUAAAUAUUUUUUAUUAUCCCCUAUAUACAAAAUAAAUGGUUUGUAUUUUUCAAAUGCAUGGUUGCUCUUAAUUUUAAUAGAUUAAUUGUAUUAAGGUAAUAUAAAGUUCAAUAAUUAUUCAUAAUUUACAAUUUAAAAAAUCAGAUUGAUUUUGAUUAUAGAUUUAAAAAGGAUAGGAACACCAUUAGAAGAAUAUGGAAAAUACGUUUAUAAGGAGGUAAGUGCUUGCGAUUUAUUUCUGGUUGCUCAGAUAUAGUUUCAGCUUCUAGUUAACAUGAAUUUAAAACUAUUAUCUCGGGAUGAUCAUAUUUCAGUGGUAAAUAUUAUGCUAAGGUUUCUACUAGUAAUUGUCCCUAAUAUUUUCAACUUAAAUCACAACUGAUACUUUAAAAUCUCUUUAUUGUAUAAGUAUCAAAGAAGAAAGUUAAUUUAGUAGACGAAUAUUUUAUGAAAAUAAAUGUGAACUUGCAUCUAAUCAAGAUUGUACUGGGAUAUUAAUUCCUAUCUCAUGCAGUUGGGAUUCUUAUAGUCAUUCAACUUCAAGUUCAUUCAAAUCAGCAUAUUUUCUAGCUGAAUCACAUAAAGACAGAACGAAAAUGUGUAAAUAUACUUCUGGAAAAAUUUGUAGCAAUGCAACAUGUAUAGAUAUUCCAUCGAAGCUCCUAUUGA